GUGACUUUCCUGACCAUCUGGCAUUUCCCAGCACCCCAAGAGGUGGCUCUUGGUCUUUUCUGCGGAAGUGAUGUGGGAAAACCUCUGAUCACAGCUAUGGAUUCUCAGACCCAUAUUACCCAGAACACCCUGAGAGGAAUGCAGCCACGCCCACACAAUGAAGCGUCAGAAAAGAGAUUUCCGUUGGGACGUUCCCGAUAGGGGUGGAACUUCCGGAGUCUUUCUGCAGCGGGCAUUUUGCUUCGGCCGUAAUCCGUUCAAGUUUGUGUUUUAAAGCUCCAGACCGCUGAGUGCUGGUAGAGAUGCCGGGGCGGGGAAGGCGCCAGAGUCGCGGUCCACACAGCACACACGGCAGCAAGAAGCUGGACGACGCUCCCCAUGUGACUUGCGCCAGGGCCGGGUCAGGGGCGGUCGACCCGGGAGCGUCCUCUGGUACCUCUGUUACCGCCCAGCCUCUCCCACGGAGUCCUUUGGCGGCCGUGCGGAGACCCCCCGCCGAGGCUGGUGUGACCUUUGCGGACAUUGCCCUGUACUUCUCCAGGGAAGAGUGGUGCCUCCUUGAUGAAGAUCAAAGACGCCUGUACCUGGAUGUGAUGCUGGAGAACUUUGAACUAAUAAUCUCAUUGGGUUGCUAUUGUGGAGCAGAGAAUGUGGAAGCACUGAUUGAACAGACUGUUCCUGUAAGAGUGUCACAGGCAGAGAAUCUCAAGGUAGCCUUGUCUUCAGUGAAGAGCCACCCCUUUGAGAGUUGUGGGCCUGUCUUGAGACAUAUUUUCCACUUGAUUGAUCAUCAGGAAGUACAAAACAUCCAGAAACUGUUGAGGUGUAGAGCAUGUGCAAAACAAUUUCAUUACAGUACAGAUAUUUACCAGCACCAGGAGCACCACCUGAGAGAGAAGCCUUUUGUGAGAGGUGUGGACAGGGUGUCACUUGCCAAGGCUUGCAAUUAUACUGUGUCUCAGAAGUUUUUUUCCUCUUGGGACUUUGGAUUGGACAUCCCUAUCCAGUCAGAACAUCUCCAUCAAGAGGCUACUCACACCAUGGACAGGCUGGAUGAAAUCUCAAUGACUCGAGUGACUAUGCAACGAAAAAAUUAUUCCACCCUGAAUGAGUGCAAAAAAGCUGUUGACUGCAGUCACACAUAUGUUCAGAGCAAGAGUGUUUCUCAUUGGAGACAGUGUUUUGUGUGCCGUGAUUGUGGAAAAUAUUUUGCUAGAAUUCCUAGUUUUUGUUAUCAGAAAGUUAACAAUGGACAAAGGCUGUAUCAGUGCAGUGAAUGUGGGAAAUCUUUCAUCAAAAAGGGUGAAUUUCAUUCUCAUCAGAGAGUUCAUAAUGGAGAAAAGCCUUAUGAGUGCAGUGAAUGUGGCAAAUCUUUUAAAACAAAAUCGAUCCUUCAUCGUCAUCAGGCAGUUCACACUGGAGAAAGGCCCUAUCAGUGCAGAGUAUGUGGGAAAUCUUUUAAACGUACCCAUAACCUUUAUUGUCAUCAGAGACUCCAUACAGGAGAAAGACCUUAUGAGUGCAAUGAAUGUGAGAAAUCUUUCACCAGUAGCACUCACCUCCAUUAUCAUCAGAGAGUUCAUACAGGAGAAAGGCCUUAUGAAUGCAGUAAAUGUGGGAAAUCUUUCAUCAGUAGCACUAACCUCCAUUAUCAUCAGAGAGUUCACACAGGAGAAAGGCCUUAUGAAUGCAGUAAAUGUGGGAAAUCUUUCACCAGUAGCACUAACCUCCAUUAUCAUCAGAGAGUUCACACAGGAGAAAGGCCUUAUGAGUGCAGUGAAUGUGGGAAGUCUUUUUGCAGUAGCACUGGCCUCCGUAUUCAUCAGAGACUUCACACAGGAGAAAGGCCUUAUGAAUGCAGUGAAUGUGGGAAAUCUUUUUGUAGUAGCACUGGUCUCCGUUACCAUCAGCGAUUCCACACAGGAGAAAGACCUUAUGAAUGCACUCAAUGUGGGAAAUGUUUUAAAAGAGUUCAUCACCUUCAUUGUCAUCAGAGUGUUCAUACUGGAGAAAGGCCUUAUGAGUGCACUGAGUGUGGGAAAUCUUUUCGUGGUGUCACUGACCUCCGUUUUCAUCAGAGAGUUCACACCGGAGAAAGGCCUUUUAGUUGCAGUCAGUGUGGUAAAUCUUUCAUCCAAAAGCAUCAACUUCAUCGUCAUCAGAAACUUCACAUGGGAAAAGCCUUAUAAACGCAGUUAAUGUGGGAAAUAUUUUAGCCAAAAUGAUUCUAUCCUUCCUCCACACAUGAGUUGAUAUGGGAGGAAGGUCUUAGAAGUGUAGGAAAUGUACACUUUGUGUGUGUGUGUGUGUGUUAACAAUACUGGAGGAAACUUUUUUAAGCAUUAUGUUUGGGAAUCAAACCUUAUACAGCCAAACAUGAACAGUAGGAAAGUCCCCUAUAAUUUUUCUUUGUAUGGAAGGCCUGUGUGUCCAUGUUGUACUUUCUUUAUUUAUCCAGGUCUCUUUUCAGAUUCAUGUCACUGCAAAUUUCUGUACUGAAGAUAUUUCACCUUCAGCACCUAUAAUGUUCCCAGAGAUGCAUGAGUCAUCAUCCUAAUGUGCUCAGAGAAGGUAACUGUUUUUUGAUUUGUGGAAGGAAAAAAAGUUAGGAGUAGCCUAAUUUUCAGGGCUUUAUUCCUUUCACUCCUACUCAUUGGCAUAGACCUUGCUCAGUUUGGGCCUACAGAAAAUCACCUGAGUUCAGCUGUCAACUUGCAGAAGGACUGCCUUUUUGGCAACAUGCAUUUUUUGCAUACUAGUAAUUUUGGGUGUCUACAAGACACAAAUACAGGAACUGCCAAGCUAAUCACAUUUUGGUUUGUAAAGGCCUUUUUCUUAAGUCUAAUCUUGGGUGCUCUAUUUAUUGAAUAGGGUAGUUUAUAAAACAGUUUUUUGCCUUACAAACAGAGAUGUGAACAACUUUCAUGUGUGUCUCAAACUUUCUCUGCCUCCUUGGGGACAGUUUGGUACAGAAUUUAACUCAGCAGCUUUUUCCAAACUUGCAUCCCUGCUUAUAUCCACCCAGGCAAGACCUUGCUUUCCCUAGUUCUCAUGAGAAGCUUCAAUGCUGUGAGUUUUGGGAGACACAGAGAUCACUCCAAAGAAGCAGUAGCUUUAACAACCUCAGAUACAUCUUGCAGCAGCAUGGAUUUUUUUUGUUUGUUUGUUUGUAAAGUAUGGCAAGUCUUCUGAAGGGAAGCUUUGGCCAGGUCUUGCAAAGGGCCAUGUGCCAUGAAGUGUGCAGUUCCAUAGGUGAUGGUCACUAUUAGUAGCCCGCAGAGGUUACGGGAGACUGUGAUUACAACAGAAACGCUGGCCUACUAGGUGCUGGAGAGACUGCAGCCAUUGAGAUGUAGUAUGCCUCUUCUUAGUGUGCAACCAGAAACAUUUCUGAGAAAAAGACUGCAGGAUCAGUGUGUACACAAAUCAAUGAAUCUGCAGAAAUAUUUUUCUUACAUACUGUCAUUAAAUAGAAUCCAAAGUUUUUCUGAGUGUAAUGACAGCUCAACUGGUUACAAUGUUAUCUUUAUGCCAAUGUUAUGAUUUCAAUGUCUGGUUAGGGCACAUACAAGGGCACAUAUCGUAAGGGGAACAACAAAUGUAGAUUUGUCUCUCUCUCCUCACCCCCACUCUCCCUUUAGCCCUCAUAUCCUUCUGUCCCUCCCUCCCCUUCUUCUUGCUUUCUUUCUAAAAUAAAUAAAAUAUUUCAUGUCAGAACCACUGGUGCCCUUGUAGAAAGAAAAAUAAAGUGUAUCUGUAGUCGAGGGAUGUUGCUAUUUUGACCCAGGCAGGAGUCAUCUUGGUUUCACUCAGUAUUUAUUGUUGGCUAUAUUUGCUGUUACUGAGCCAAAGUCUCACUUAGAGCAUAUGAGAACAUGUUUUGAAUAUAGAAUUGCUAAACCUAUUUUUAAAAGUAUUUGUCGCGGUUCGAUUCCCAGUCAGGGCACAUGCCAGGGUUGUAGGCAGGUUCCCUGCAGGCCAGUUCCCUGCAGGGGACGCACGAAAGGCAACCAUACAUUGAUGUUUCUCUCCCUCUCUCCUUCCCUUCCCCUCUAAAGAUAAAUAAAUAAAAUCUUUAAAAAAAAAAUAAAAAUAAAAAUAAAAAUAAAUAAAUAAAAGUAUUUGGACAUACAAAUUUUUUAAGUCUUGUACCAUUUUUUAAAAGCUUUAAUUAGUAAAAUUACAUUUCAAGGAUAAUAUUUGAUUAGUGUUCACUUAUAUAUGAUAUUAAAACCAUCACCAUUUUCAUAAUACUGCCCAUUACUGUCAUUGGAAAUUCAUGGAAAUUUUAAUCUUUCAUGCCGUCACAGGUCUAUAAGUAAACAUUGACUUAUAUUCCAUUGUAAUAAUAACUGAGAAUAACUGUUUCUUUUGCUUUCAUUUCCAUUGCAUAUGUGUUUGGAGAUUUAUUAAUGAAAUAUUAGUAACUCAUCUGUUUUAGCUAAGAAAUAAUCUUUGAAGUUUGCACUAUAAAUUUAUCCAUUCAAAAUGAUAAUUUCUAAUUUUUUACUUUAAAUGUAGUACAGAUAUUUAUAUAUAAUUUUCUAACAUGGAUAUAUGUUUCUUUCAUUUUACCUUUGUCAAUUACAUAGGGCACAGUUUGAGUUGUAGAGUAGGCGAAUGUUUUAAUACAGAGAUUCUCAAUUUGUGAUCCAGUGUGUGAGAUUCAGCUCCUUUACAUCCUAGCAAAUAUUUGGUUAGUAAAUCAUUUUUUAUAUGACUUUUAAAAAGAAUUUGUAGAGCUACCUCACUGUUGUUUGAUUGUAUUAUUCUAAGGAUGUAUGGUGAGCCUGAUCUCAGACGUGUAUUUGCUAUGUCUGUACCUUUGUUACAUGUCUGAUCCUAUGUUCAACCCACUCUGAUAGGAGUUUCUAGUGGUUUUCUAUAAAAAAAGGACAGAAACAACAAAGAUGCAUGUCGGAA